CGCGAUCGUUUAAGAACGGCGAGCCUCAGAGUCUGCACUUCCAUUUCCUUUCGUCGGUGGGUCCAAAACACUCUCCCGUGCCAGCCCAUUCCUUGGUUUCACCUCUAUUCUCGCCAGUGAGUUUUUAUGCUUGCCCAUACCUCCACUGACACGCAUGCUUUCCCUCAGCAUCUCCAACCCAUCUUGAUCUCUUGUCUCUCGCUGGCCGCUAGUGCCCUCGUUGUUACUGACAUAUUUCAUUGCCUUAAUGAAGAAGCAAGGGUGUCCACAAUUCGGAAGGCCCAUGGUAUAGCGUGUUUCUUUUCCCUCGUUGGAGUUCUGGGUUAUCACUUGUACGUUAAGUCCAUUGAAGCUUGGUGUGUUUCUUUUCCCUCGUUGGAGUUCUGGGUUUUCACUUGUAUGUUACGUCCGUUGAGGCUUGGUGUGUCUCUUUUCCCUCGUUGGAGUUCUGGGUUUUCACUUGUACAUUAUGUCCGUUGAGGCUUGGUGUCUUCGACCUUUCGAAUGUGGUAUAAAAAAUUGGACUGUGCUUUGUGCGUUCCUGUCCUCUGGUCUCUUCCCAACUUGUGUGGUUGUCUUCGACCUUUCAAAUGUGGUACAA